AUGUCAGAUCUAAUCUUCCCUAUCCCGUUAUCUCAAUAUUUUCAGAAUGCAGAAUUAGAAAGACUCAAAUUGGCUCGAGCUGCAGAGAUCGCCUAUAUCAAGGAAAAGAAUGAAUUAGCUCUAAAGUAUAAGGAAGACGAAACAGAAAUCGAGAAAUCGCGUUUCAUUUCAAUGGUGAAUGCAUUAGGUGCAGAUACACUACGUGCAAUGGCAACAGCCGAAUCAGACCAUAAUCUGAGCAUGUUGAACGCUUUGGGCCUACAAAGUACAUUAAUUACAGAUGGGACGACACCAGUGAAUUUGUUAACUACCGCUCAUGGUUUAAUUGGUUCAGUGUUUAAAGGUUCUUCUCGUAAACGUACUUCAGAUGUUUUAGACGAUGUAGAUGGAAAAUGA